AUGUACAUCACUCUCUAUUACAUAGUCACUCGUCUCCCUGACUCCCUUCGCGUAGUCAGGGACCACUUCCUCUCAGUCUGUCCCACCACCCUCACUGUCGACCUCCUCGAGAAGGCCCUCCUAGCGGCGGAGAAGAGCAUAGUCGCUGUAGGAGCCUCUCGUGGUGACCCGCGCACCCCCAUCUUUGAGGGGUGUUCUCCUUCCCCCCUGCUGCCCUAUGUUGCCUCUGCUGCUGCUGCCGACCUGCUUGGUCUUGAGUCGGUCGGCGCGGCGUCUGCCCCUAGCGGGAGACGCCGCCCUGGCAAGGGCAAGGGGGGCAAGGGCGCGAGUGGAGCUGGCAGGGGCGGUGGAGGUGGCGGUGGAGGCGGCGGAGGGAGUGGGGGUGGCGGUGGGAGUGGUGGCGGGAGUGGUGGCGGUGGCGGCGGCAGUGGCGGCGGAGGUGGUGGCGGCGGAGGCGGUGGGAGCGGAGGCGGUGGUAGUGGCGGAGGUGGAGGCGGUGGUGGCGGAGGAGGUGGAGCUGGUCGGGGUAGUGCCCCGCAGCGGAGCGGCUCUGGUGGUGGUCUGCGGCAGCAGCAGCAGCAGCGUGCUCGGGACGUCCCCACGCCUCAGCAGCUCCGUGAGUGCAGCGACCGCGCGGGUGAGCAGUGUGGGGGUGCCCACUCCACCCGGCGCUGCUUUGGCCGCCUGACGGACGCUUGGCGUCAGCAGUUCCCUGACGCUUCUGAGAUCCACCGCUGGGGAGACCUUUCUAGAGUUGGUGUAGCGAUCUUUGAGCUAGACUUUGAUGCUAUCCUUGCUGCCAUGUAUGAUGUGUCUAUUAGUGAUGAGGGUGACUGUUACCGGUGUUUCUCGCCCGACCCGGGCAUUGGUACGGUUGCGCUAGGUGCGUGUGACACUGCUGCGCUCUCAGGUGCUGGUGAGGCUGCGCUCUCAGGUACUGGUGAGGCUGCGCUCUCAGGUACUGGUGAGGCUGCGCUCUCAGGUACCACAUCGGCUUCGGCCUCCCUCACCUUUACACUUGACUCUGGGGCUUCUCGCUCCUUCUUUCGGGACCGCACCACACUCAUGCCGCUUGGCCGGCCGGUUGCGGUCUCCCUGGCUGACCCCUCUGGGGGUCCUGUCCUCUCUCACUUCUCCACUGUCCUACCGUGUCCAGCUGCCCCCUCGGGCGCCCUGUCUGGUCUGUACCUCCCCUCGAUCUCGACGAACUUGGUGAGUGGUGCUGCCCUACAGGAUGCGGGGGUUCACCAGUUUAGUCCUGCGAGUCAGCGGGUGACCCAGUGCACGGACGCGCGCACAGGUCGGCACCUGGCCACGUUCUCCCAUCGGCCGGGGUCGAGCCUCUACACCCUGACCACUGAGUCUCCUCCUGUCCCUGUGUCUGGCCAGGUAGCUGCGUCGGGUCAGGUGUUUGCUGCUGCGUCCAGGUCUGGUCUUGAGUCUGCCCCCUGCUCGUGUCACCUCCUGUCUCACGAGACUCUCCUGUGGCACCACCGUCUUGGCCACCCCUCCUUGCCCCGUAUCAGGAACAUGGCUUCCCGUGUCCUUGUCUCUUGUCUUCCCCGGUCUCUCCCUUCCCUUCCUUCGGGGCCAGGACCUUCCUGUGUCCCCUGUGUCGAGGGGCGCCUCCGGGCUGCCCCCCACUCCUCACAGUUUCCUCCGACAGAGGCACCUCUACAAACGCUUCACAUGGACGUGUGGGGCCCGGCCCGCGUCCGUGGACAGGGUCACGAGCGCUACUUUCUCCUGGUGGUUGACGACUACUCGCGUUUCACCACAGUCUUCCCCUUGCGCAGCAAGGGUGAUGUCACUGAGGUGUUGAUCGACUGGAUCCGCGAGGCUUGUCUCCAGCUCAGGAGGAGCUUCGGCUCGGACUUUCCGGUUCUGCGUCUGCACUCUGACCGAGGCGGAGAGUUUUCCUCUGGCCUUCUGCGAGCCUACUGUCGUGCACAGGGCAUCCGCCAGACCUUCACGCUUCCAGACUCUCCACAGCAAAAUGGGAUUGCUGAGCGCCGCAUUGGCAUGGUCAUGGACGUCGCCCGUACGUCCAUGAUGCAUGCGGCUGCCCCCCAUUUUCUAGGGCCGUUUGCGGUACGGGUACGCGGCGCAUCAGAUCAACCUUCACCCCGGGGUUUCCCGGCCGGGGAAGUUCCGCACCUCCCCAGCCCUCCUGUGGACUGGGAAGGGUGGCAGUUCUACCACCCCUCCUCUCGUCGUGUUCUGUCUUCCCAGGACGUCACGUUCGACGAGUCAGUCCCCUUCUACCGCCUCUUCCCCUACCGCACUCCUUCCCUCCCCCCGCCACCGGACUUCCUUGUGCCAGUCGAGCCGGUCGAGGUUGCUGGUUACUCUGGUCCUGCUGCGGGUGCUGAGCCUGGGGGUGCUGACUCUGGGGGUGCUGUGCGCGUGGGUGCUGAGCCUGGGGGUGACGAGCCUAGGGGUGCUGAGGUUGGGGGUGCCGAGCCUGGGGGUGCUGCGUCUGGAGCUGCUGUGCCUGGGGUUGCUGAGUCUGGGGGUGCUACGUCAGGAGCUGGUGAGCCUGGCGGUGCGGAGCCUGCGGACGCUGGACCUCCCCUAGUGGCGUCUGGCGGUGCUGGGCCUGGAGGUUCUCCGGGUGCUCCGUCUCGGCGGGAGCCGCUCUCUCCACAGGAGCUGCGUGAGUGGUUUGCUCGCCGCUGGAGGCGUACUACUAGUGCUGGAGCUUCUUCUGCCGCUGAGGGUGCUGGUGCCGCCGGUCCCGGAGCUGCUGGGCCUGCGGGUCCUACUGGAGCUGGAGCUGCUGAGGGUGUUGGUGCUGAGACUACUGCUCUCUGUCCUGGCGGUGGUCCUGCUGCUGGUGCGGCUGGAGGUCCUGCCGCUGGAGGUGCUGUUGGCGCUGGUGCUGCCGCUGAGGGUGCUGGUGCUGUCCCUGCUGUGGCAGGAGUCCCCGCGCGGCCUCGGCCGUACUUCGUUCUACUCCUGCAGCAGCCCGCCUCCCCACUGCCUGCUCCCUCUCCUUACACUGGUCCUACUGGAGGUCUUGCUGAGCGUCGUGAGCCUGCGUCUCGUCCUGCGUCGCCUGUUCGUGCUUCUCGCACUAGUGGUCGCGGUUCGCGUCAGCGUCCUCCUCCUGUCCCUGGCACGCACCGGAUGUCUCUGCGUCCGUCCACUGCUCCUCUACGUGCACCUUUGCCUUCUCCUCCUGAGUCUUCUCUUCCUGCAAUUGCCGACCCGGAGUCGGACUCUCUUGGUGCUGCCAGUCCUACUGUCACGCGUCUUCUUGCUACUGUUGUCACUGACCCCUCUUUUGAGUCCACUGCUGCGUCUGCUCUUGUUACUGAGCUCGUCGACUUUGCUGCUCGCUGUCGUCUAGACUACGCUGCCAGUCUUGUUGCUGAGUCUGCGUCUGUCUGUCCUCCGUCCGUCAGGGGUGAGUGUGCUCUUGGCACGGACGUCCUUGAGGACAGGCAGGAGGAGUUCCAGUGUCUGGCUGCUGCUUCACCUCAUCUCGCGUCUGUACUGCUUGCCCCUGAGGGAGACCCGGAUGCGCUAGACAUCCCUACUCCGCGUUCUUACGCGGAGGCUGUAGAGGGUCCCUACUCUUCUCACUGGCAGGCAGCUAUGGAUGCAGAGAUGGCUUCCUGGAAGUCCACAGGCACCUACGUUGACGAGGUUCCCACUCCUGGGGCGAACAUUGUUAGUGGCAUGUGGAUCUUCAGGGUGAAGCGGUCGCCUGGCUCUCCACCUGUCUUCAAGGCGCGGUACGUCGCUCGUGGCUUCAGUCAGCGGCAGGGAGUUGACUACUUUCAGACCUUCUCUCCCACCCCGAAGAUGACCACUCUUCGGGUGCUGCUGCACAUAGCCGCUCAGCGCGACUACGAGCUUCACUCUCUUGACUUCAGCACUGCUUUCUUGCAAGGCAGCCUGCAUGAGGAGAUCUGGCUGCGCCGUCCACCUGGCUUCACUGGGACUUUCCCUCCUGGCACCCAGUGGAGCCUCCGACGGCCAGUCUACGGUCUCCGCCAGGCACCGCGUCAGUGGCACGACACACUGAGGACUACGCUUGCGGCUCUUGGGUUUGCUCCCUCUACUGCUGACCCGUCGUUGUUUCUGCGCACCGACACUUCUCUGCCGCCGUUCUACAUCCUCGUGUACGUUGACGACUUAGUCUUUGCCACUGCUAACACUGCUGGAUUCGCCUACGUGAAGUCCGAGCUGCUGAAGAGACACACGUGCACAGACCUGGGUGAACUGCGCAGCUACCUUGGCUUGCAGAUCAAUCGGGACAGAGCACGCCGCACCAUUACCUUGACUCAGUCACACAUGGUGCAGCAGGUCCUUCAGCGCUUCGGCUUCACGUACUCCUCGCCUCAGGCCACUCCUCCGGCUAAUCGCCACUCGCUCUCAGCUCUGCCUUCGGAUGAGUCCGUAGAGUCGAGUGGCCCGUACCCAGAGCUUGUUGGCUGCCUCAUGUACCUGAUGACCUGCACACGACCUGACCUUGCAUACCCUCUUAGCAUUCUUGCACGCUAUGUUGCUCCUGGGAGACACCGACCGGAGCACAUGGCUGCAGCGAAGAGGGUGUUGCGCUACUUGUGCAGUACGUCGGGCAUGGGGCUAGUGCUUGGAGGGCGGAGUCCAGUGGUCCUCACUGGUCACGCGGACGCGUCUUGGGCUGACGACCAGGCUACGCAGCGGUCGUCGCAGGGGUACACCUUCAGUCUUGGCUCUGGCUCUAUCUCUUGGCGGGCUACUCGCUCAUCUUCUGUUCUUGGCUCCAGUUGUGAGGCUUAG